CAUCGACCAAGCAACAACUUCCCGCCGAUUUCCGCCAGAUCUGAAUCAUGUCACCUACAACAACAACAAUACCAACAACGCCCGCAAGGACCUGCGCAUUCCCCGGACCUUGGGAUUGCCAUUGAAGCGAUACCGACAAACCUUUUUUCCCCCCACGCAAACCGACCGUUCCUCGUCUAGACAGCGGCCCGGCGCCGACGGAGUGACCCCCUCUCGCCUGAUCACAUGCCCGCCAUGCGGCUGGCAGCCGUCGCCGUUGGCCGGCUCUCUUGUCGCGCGCAACCGCCACCGUCACUCUCGACCGCAACAAGGCGGUGUUCCGGUCUUCUUUCACACCACCUUUUACGGACAUCGUCGAAACAACCGAUACGCCCUUCUUCUUGUUUUUCUACUGCAACCCGGUCAAUACCACGUGCCCCGCGACCACGACUAUCACAGACAUGGCAAAAGACAGGAGGAAGAGGAGGAGGAGCAGGGAAAGAAGGAGCAGGAUAUGGUCGGUAUUCUAGACCAAGGGUAAUGUUAUUGGCAAAAGCCGCCAAUGGCGUACUGGCGACCGCCGCCUUCGUGUCGCUCUCGGAGGAGGAUAAUACCGGGACGGAACUGACGAUGGAACAGCGGAUGCUUCAAGUGUCGCGGGAGGAGAUUGAGAAGAAGGUCGGGGAGGACGUCACGGGGCUCAAGAGAAUUGGCAAGAAGAUCGUCCUGUUUUUGGACUUCUACAUCUGGGAACCUCUAUGCACAGGCAUACGGUUCCUGAAACUGGUCGCCAUUUUCGCGCCGGUGAUCAUCACGGUACCAGUGAUCUGGUUCGGAGAGCGCCAGCCGGAUCGUGACGAUGAACGAUCAGGAACGCUGUGGUGGUAUGGGUUCUUGGUGCAGGCUAUGGAGUGGGCUGGUCCCGCCUUUAUCAAGCUUGGACAAUGGGCCGCCUCGCGAUCAGACAUAUUCCCCGACGAGAUGUGCAACAUCAUGUCGAAGCUGCACGACGACGCCCCGGCUCAUUCCCUCCAUGCUACAAAACGUAUCGUGGAGGCGGCAUUUAAUGGUCGCCACUUCGACGAGAUCUUUGAGGAAUUCGACGAGAAGCCUUUGGGUGUUGGUGCCAUCGCGCAGGUCUACAGGGCCAAGCUAAAACCAGACCUCACCAUGCCUGCUGAUGCUGACCUUUCCAGCUCGACUCAUCGGUUUGUCAAGAACGUUGGGACCGUUCUGAAGGCUACGCCAAAACGGGUCCCAUCGUCCCACGUCGCCAUCAAAGUGCUGCACCCUGGUGUCGAGCGGACUGUACGGCGCGAUCUCCGGAUCAUGCGAUUUUUUGCUUCCAUGAUCAAUGCGAUUCCUACCUUGGAGUGGCUCUCCCUCCCCGACGAGGUAGAUCAAUUCGGUGACAUGAUGAAGCUACAACUCGACCUGCGGAUCGAAGCCGCCAACCUCUCCCGGUUCCGCAAGAACUUCAAAGACCGAACAACCGCCUGGUUCCCCUACCCCUACACCGAGUUCAGCACUCGCAACAUUCUCGUCGAGGAGUUCGCCCACGGCGUCCCACUAGCGGACUUCAUGGCCAAUGGCGGCGGCGUCUUCCAGCACGACAUUGCUAGCGAAGGUCUCGACGCUUUCUUACGCAUGCUCCUCCUCGACAACUUUGUGCACGCCGACCUGCACCCGGGCAAUAUCAUGGUGCGCUUCUACGAGUCCGAGAAGCCCCCUCUCAGCCUGCACUGGGACAAGCCUAGUGACGCGAACCCGGCGGGCAAAAAUGGAGAUGUCACAGAGAAAGUCCUGUCACGCCUGUGGCCGUACAGAAAUAACAAGGAGCUGUGGAUCGCCGAGCUGGAGAAGAUUGACGAGGAAGGGUACCGCCCGCAGCUGAUUUUCAUCGAUACUGGUCUGGUAACGGAACUCAACGCUACCAACCGCCGCAACUUCCUCGACUUGUUCCGUGCCGUGGCCGAAUUCGACGGAUACAAAGCUGGCCACCUGAUGUGCGAGCGGUGCCGACAGCCGGAUGCGGUGCUCGAUAAAGAGGUGUUUGCGCUCAAGAUGGAGCAUCUCGUGCGGGACGUCAAAAACAAGACGCUGGCGCUAGGGAAUAUCAAGAUUGGCGAUAUCUUGGAGAAGGUGUUGAAUAUGGUGCGGCAACAUCACGUCAGGCUCGAAGGCGAUUUCGUCAAUGUGGUCAUUAGCAUCUUGCUGCUGGAGGGUAUCGGGCGUGCUUUGGAUCCUGAUGUGGAUCUGCUGAGCAGCUCGCUUCCUAUCUUGAGACAACUCGGUGCGCAGGGCGGCAAGGAUAUGUUGAUGGAGGGGGAUGUGCAUAUGAUGGCUGUUUGGCUGGGGUUGGAGGCCAGAAGGUUUAUGCAGGCUAGUAUCGAGGAUGUUGAACGGUGUGUCAAGUAUGAUUUGCUAUCGCCAAAUGUGUAAUGGAGGACAUGGGGAUUUGUAAUAAUCUAAUCAUGGUGUUCAUACCUACUUGGGCCGAGGAGACUGGCGUAAUGGAGAUUGAGAAAGGGAUGCAUCUAGACGGAGUUUUGCCAGAAAUGGAUGUUUGACGGAAUGGGUUUGUGAUGGUCUUUUCGUCGGGUUUUUUGUAGUGAUAUCCUCACCUUACCACUCAUACUAACAGCUUGCACAUGUAUUCCUUCGGGUUUCUGGGCCCUCGAAGAACAACGAUUUGAGUCGGUACCUUAACGCGGUUGCGCCUGUACACAACCAAAGUUGAGGACUCGAUGGAAACAGCGGACGACAGGAACUGACUGGAACAAAAACCGGGCAACGUUGAGAAU